AUGUGCUCAUCCAAUGCAGAAGUUGAGGUUUCAAGAGAGCAAGAACAGCAGAGUUUUUUACCAAUCUCCUGGCCUUUCAAUAACACUGAUAAACAAUAUCAGCAUCAGAAUGUAUCAGAUCCAGCUGCUGAAGAUUCCACCCCAGCAUUUUCCAUACACAACUUCACAGAGAGGAACACCAAUUUUGGAUUCGAUCUCUAUCGGAAAAUAUCACUGACUCAUGACAGCAAUAUAUUCAUCUCUCCACUGUCACUGUCGUUCACUUUGGCAGUCUUUGCUCAGGCUUCCAGAGGGAAAACACACGACCAAAUCGUUACAUCUCUAAACCUCCAUCUUUUGGAUGAUCAAGGGAAUCGUCUCCCUGCUUUUUUCCACCAGCUGAGAGGCAACAUCACCAAGAAUGAGGAGUUCACUCUUUUGCAUGACACCAUCUCUUUCAUCCAGAAAGGCAUCAGGAUAAAGGACGUCUUCCGUAACAUGUCAAAGAAAUACUUUGAUAUGGAAUUGCUGACGAUUGAUUUCCACAACUCUACUCUGGCUAAAAACGCCAUCAAUCAGCACAUUAAACUAAAGACAAAAGGGAAAAUCCCCACAUUGUUUGAUACAUUAGAUCAGCAAACUAAAAUCGUCCUAGUGGAUUAUAUUCACUUUGGAGGCAAAUGGCUACACCCGUUUUCUACUAAGUUCACAGAACUAGAAUCCUUCUAUGUAGACAAUUACAACACUGUCCAAGUGCCCAUGAUGUUCAAGACCGCAAGAGCUGCCUAUACUUUUGAUAAGAAUUUGCACUGUGUUGUGCUAAAGAUUCCAUACAGAGGAAACGCAUACAUGCUGAUCGCAAUGCCUCGGGAGGGAGAUUUCCAUGCCCUGGAAGACUUUUUAUCAGCUAGACUUGUGGAAUCAUGGCUUAGGAAUAUGGAAACCAGAAAAAUUGAUAUUUACUUUCCAAAGUUCAAACUGGACCAGAAAUACUACAUGCAUCAAUUGCUUCCUGAUCUGGGAAUUAAAGAUCUGUUCUCUAACAAAGCCGACUUGAGCCUACUCACAAAUCAGACCCUCACAAAAGUGUCACAGGUUCUCCAUAGAGCAUGCAUUGAAGUGGAUGAGGCAGGAACCGAAGCUGCAGCUGGCACAGGAUCAGAAAUCACACCGCAUUCAAUGCCUCCUGUCAUCCGGGUGAAUCGGCCGUUCAUUUUCAUGAUCUAUGAAGAAACCACGAAUGCCUUGCUGUUUGUGGGUAGAGUCGCCAACCCCAAGGAGUUCUGA